CCAACACCUCGUAGUGUUUUCCACUUUCAACCUCGAAAUAUAUAACAACACCAAUUUCGACACUUUGUCGUUCUCACUCAACAUAUCUGAACCGUCCUGACCCAACUUUGGAUCUCGUUCGGUCGAAAUCAGCACCAGCAACAGCUUCAACACCAGCGCACCCUAGCACUCUGCUCUCAGGAAGGACUGAUCACAGCCUUCCUAAUCCCAUAGCACCCACCCAACCUGGCUCUCGAUAGCUCUUUUCCACACCCGGCCUUCAAGUUGGCUACCUCCCAGAUCAUCGUCAUCUCCUUCAUCCGCCCUUUGCUCGGCACUGCCUUCAUGAACUUCUCGGGCUCCCAGACUCGACCUCCAUAACUGGCCCUACUCCACCUACUCUUAAUUCAAUCUCCUCGGCCGGGCGUGGCUUGAGGAGUUUUGGUCACGCAAUCUUUAUAAUACAACACAACACACAUUUGGUGCAUGCUAGACGUACCACAAAUCUGCCACUACCUGUUCAAGAGGUAGCUCCAACUGGCUAAGUCGGCAUUUCACAUGCGCUGAUCAAGAGUAUUACCUCACAAGCGAACCCCCACCAGUGUAUCAAAGAGGUCGAGUCGCAAUGUCGUCUUCCAACUCUGUUCACUCCCAGAAGAUGGACACCCGUUUCAGCACCCCUGCUCCGGAGCUUGACGACCACCGUCGUCCUCGGAACACCAACCCGGCGUCUGCCAUGGUACCCUCCGUCGAGGUACAUCCAUCCACUCCAGCACCGAGCGGUCUCGACGAGAAAGACAUCGAGCAUAUCAACGCAAAGCUCCUUCAUAGCAAGGACCAGGAGCCUAUCACACGAGACUUUGAACAUGCUAUCUUGAGUGAUGACGAGAGAAGCGACGGUGAACCUGAAAGCGCGAGACGGAUCUCGAAUCGCCGACCAACCAAUCGAGACGGACGCCCCCGUGUCCAGCGCCAGGAACGCCAGGACCGAUCUCGAGACACUUCAUCUUCUCGCUCUACUUCUCCCGCCAACUCGGUCGAAGCCUUUGCAGAACCACGUCGCCGCCACCGCGCCAACACUGCCGACAGCCAUUCGUCGUCGAUCAUCGAAAAUCUCCUCCGUCGCACUCAAUCCGGCGGCACCAACCAGCGACGUCCAACUUUGAGCAAUAUCAGCGUUCCAGGGCCACCCACUCAUCGCACGGACCGAGCAUAUGACGAUGAUGUAACCUUUGAGCCUGACGAGGAACCAGGCAAGACGUACAAGAUUGAUUAUGAGGAACUCGAGGAAUAUGUUGCCUUGGUUGCACAGGGCAAGAUCGAAGAUGAUACUCCACACCACGGUAGUGGCCGAGUCUUUAACGAUCUCCGCCGUAAGAAGACCAACGAAAGCACCCAGUCGUUGCCAAAUAUUGCCCUGAAUGGUGACAACUUUUAUGAGAAGCCCUUGACGACCUACGAGACUGGCACUACCGACUCAUCUUCUGAGGAGAAGCCAAACCUGAAAGAGAAAUUUCCCGUGCUCCCACCAUCAGAGAGGUUCUAUCUGUUCUCGUCUGAACUUCCCCAAGGACAGACCGCCACCAAGCUUGGGGAUUUCGUGUCGGACGGCACCACCUUCCGCGAUCUCUUUGACAUUGGUCCAGAUGGAGGUGUGUGGUGGCUUGACGUCCUCAACCCCACUCCAUCCGAGCUUAGUGUGCUAGCCAAAGCCUUCAAGAUUCAUCGACUCACCGCCGAAGAUAUCGAAACCCAAGAAGCCCGCGAGAAGGUCGAACUGUUUCCACAAUAUUACUUUGUGUGUUUCCGCACCUUCAACCCCGAUCACAGCAGUGAAGAUUUCUUGGACCCAAUCCACGUCUACAUUGUCGUGACCAGCGAUGGCGUCUUGAGUUUCAGUUACACCCCAAAUCCUCAUGCACGCAACGUCCGGAAGCGGAUUGCCAAACUUCCGGAUUUUGAAUCUCUCGGUCCUGACUAUAUCUGUUACGCCAUGAUUGACGACAUUGUCGAUUCAUUUGCACCUCCAAUUCGAGGUGCCGAGAGAGAGUCAGAGGCGAUCGAGGAUCAAGUGUUUGUGGCGCGAGAAGAUAACUAUGUGGCUUUGCUCAGACAGAUUGGAGAAUGCCGGAAGCGUGUUCUCAACAUGAUGCGCCUCCUCGGCGGCAAGGCCGAUGUCAUCAAGGGCUUCGCCAAAAGAUGCAACGACCAAUACAACAUGAUGCCUCGCGGUGACAUUGGUUUGUAUCUAGGCGACAUCCAGGAUCACGUGGUCACUAUGAUGUCCAACUUGGGUCACGUGGAAAAGAUGCUUUCGCGGUCCCAUGCCAACUACCUCGCUCAGUUGAAUGUCGACAGCAUCUUGAAGGGUAACACGACCAACAAGGCGCUGACCAAGAUCACCGUGGUGGCAACGAUUCUGGUGCCCCUGAAUCUGAUCACGGGCUUGUUUGGUAUGAACGUGACCAUCCCCGGUGAGAAUCAGGGGACGCUUUACUGGUUUUUUGGAAUUAUUGGAGGCAUUAUCUGUUUUGUCGCAUUCUGUCUCUUUAUGGCACGACGACUCCGUGCAAUCUAGAGGGUGUGGAUUUGUGCAAUAGAAGUUUGUUGCUUUUCUUUGGUUCUUUCUGGUUUUGGAUUUCUGAAAGGAUGAUGCAUGUCUAAAGCCAUGAACAUGCUACAAGCCUAGCUAGACAUGCUCAGCUAAUAUAGAUAGGUGGUUGUACAUGGAGAAUAAUCGCGAAUGCUAUCAGUUGCAAUUUCA